AUGGUGGAUCGUACAGUUUAUGAUCCUGACAAAACUCCUGAUUUGCCGCUCCGGCAAGUGUUUGGUCGACAGCGUGUGUCGCAAGACUUGUGCAAGCUGGCUGCGACCUCGGGUUUGCUCACCGUGGAGACAUUUGCAAUGCUCGGCGAUGAUAUUGCCUCGGUGAAGAACACGCUCAAGAGCUUGGUGCCCGACAUCACUUCGUUUGGCGCCGAUGGUCCUGCUCAAGAGCUCGCCUUGACCAGCCUUGCUGCCGUAUGGAAGACGUGCAGCACGAUGCAGGAUCAUUUUGCCAAUCGCAGGGCCAAGAUGGAAGAAGAUCCGUCGAAGGUGCCGGAAAUUCCUGGUGAAGAUCAUGCGGAGUUCCGCGAGACGUUCGUCUCCAGACACCCAGACGUUCUACUGCCUCCCCAUCGUGAGCCACAUCGCAAGUUCGUUGAGAGGGUCCAGCGAGACUACCUUGUUCAUGGCUUUGUUCACUUCUACGAAGUUGGGGAAAUUCGCACCAGGAACGAGAACAUUGCUCAGAAGUCCGGCUUGACCAAGAACGCAGAGGAUCUGCUCCGGGUGGUCAUGAUUGAUCAGCCGGCCACAGCGAGCUCUGAGGCGCAGGUCAUGGAUAAGCUCCACGCGUUCUUUAUCACCCUUGAGUACCUCAACAUUUGCGAGUUCUCAGUGGCUGCGGGCCCCCUCAAGUAUUUGGCUCAGCUCGAGGAAUGGCGGCAUGAGAACCGUGGCUUGGCCCUCCUACUCACGGUGGACACCCUCAUCCGCAAGAAGGUCCAUCGUGUCAGCUCAGACCAGCGCAAGAAGUUCACGACCUUCUCGCAGGCCCUUGUGGAGGUCUUGGACAAUCACAAGCAGCUCUGGAAUGACGCUCGCUCCAGCGCUGAGCUCGACAAGUACAAGCAAGCCACCUUGUCGGCGGCACCAGUGACGCCCAAGAAGCGUGCCCGCUCGGUGUCGCCGGAGCCCAAGUCCACGGCCAAGGCGCGCAAGAACAAAGCUCGCCGGGAUCGCCAGAAGGCGCAGCUGCAGAAAGCCAAAGCUCUGACGGCGCCAUCCGCCAAGGAGACAGCUCGGAAGCCAGCCCGUGACGAGCGGGUCCCCGCCAAGGUUCCCGCCCAGGUGGAGCUUGAUCCUCCACCUGGGAACUGGGCGGCUGCCACCAGCCCCACGAAUGAUGAUCAGGUGGCUUCCUCCUUUGAUCAGAAAGCGGAGCUUGGUUCUCAGCAGCAGCUGCCAGUCGGGCUGGCCUCACGGAGGCAGUGCAUUUGCCAAUUGGCUGGGGUGCCAGUUCUGCCCCCAGUCGAUAUCGUGCCAUCGCCGAUGGUGCCAACGCCCCGUGAUCUGGUGGAUUGCCACUUUUGGCAACAGCUCUUACAGAUUUUGGCGCUUGGAAUUGUCUUUUUCUUGCACUGUGGCACGCCUUGCAAUACUUUUACCUCUGCUCGCAAGUUGGACGGGGGACCACCCCCCCUGCGGUCAGCGGAGCAGCCGCUCGGCUUGGAUGGUCUGCGCUGGGAAGACGAGAUGACAGUGGAAGCAUGCUUGCUCGUUUUUGCUUUUGGCGGGGACUUCAUGAUCGAGAAUCCCCUCCUCAGUUUGCUUUGGGCCACGCCCCAGCUUCUUGAGCUUGUGAGGCGCACCCGGGCCUUUCAGCUCGACUGUGAUCAGUGUGCGUUUGGCACGCCCUGGAAGAAGCCUACAAGGUUUGUUUCUUCCUCAGAGCUGCUCGAGACGCUUGCAGUCGCGUGCCCGGGCGGCCACGUCCAUCAGAAGCUCAAGGGAAAGGUGUGGGACCCACAGCGGCAACAAUGGGUUUUUAAAACGAAGCAAGCUCAAGUUUAUCCGCAUGCUCUUUGUGCAACAAUUGCGCAACAGCUAGUCCAACUUUUUGCUCACAGAUUUGCUCAUUUGAGGCCAACAUUUGCGCUUUGUGUGCCCAGUGCUGAUCGCAAACGUGCCCUUCACUCAGAAGCACCUUGGAAAGGGCAUCGCCAAGCUGACACAGCGAAAAAGGCGCUCGCUGCAGGUUACCAGCUUAAGCGAGGGGCGGCCAAGCCUUUGUUUGAGUUGGAAAUGGAGCCAGGUGAGGCUGUGCAAUUUGCUCUCCAGUUGGUUCACCCUUUUUCUCGUCCUCCUUCACUUGAUGAUGCUUUGGAAGAGGCGAUCGCGCUUGUUGCAACUGCUCCUCAGCGAGUUCUGCGUCUGCGAUUGGACGCGCUGAAUUUCUAG